AUGAAACUUUACGGCGUUCCAUUGUCCCCGCCGUUUCGGGCAGUGGCUUGGACGCUGCUACAAAAAAACGUUCCCUUUAAAAUCCAAAUUACAGUUCCGGGAGCUACCAAUAAAAUCGGUUCCUUGCAUGACUCCUUUCUCUCCAAAACGAAAUCUCGUAGCGGUACAGUACCUGUGCUGGAAGAAGAUGAUGGGAUAACUCUAUCGGAGAGUCCGGCGAUUCUGACGUAUCUUUGCGAGAAGCACCAGUGGUCAGAUUUGUAUCCGAACCAGCCCGGAACCGCUCACAAGGCAUUGAUCGAUUCCUACCUGCACUGGCAUCACGAGAAUACCCGUCUGAUCGCAACGCUUACCAUGCCCUAUACCAGGCCUGAUCUAAACCGAACUUGUACUCAAGAACAAGAGUCGGGGGUACAAUCCGUGCUCGAAUCACUUGAUCAAGGCUGGUUGGCGAACGAUGCUUACAUUGGGGGCAGCGACCAGGCUUCAGUUGCCGACCUUUUGGCUUAUGAGGAAAUUGCGCAAGCUUCUAUGACGGGCGUUUUGGAUGAGACUAUUUCCCACUCCCACCCCAACUUACAGGCCUGGAUGAAUAGAAUGGAGGCGUUGCCCUUUCACGAUGCGGCUCACGCGUCACUCGUUGCACUGGGAAACCUCAAAGAACCGGCGGACGAUACUCCCAUGAUGAAGCGACUGGGCGCAGCUACAAAAGAAGGGAUGAAAGCUUUGCAAGACGCGCAACAGACAUAUGUUUCUUAG